AUGCGUUACACCAUCUCAUCACUGGCCUGUCUGGCCCUCGCCGCAACCACCGUCAUCGCCGGUUCCGUCCCCGAGAUUGAUGAUGAAUACCAAAAGGUUACUUGCGGAUCAUCGAUCAAGUUGACACACGAAAAGACGAGCUUCAAGUUGCACUCGCAUCAGAUCCCCUACGGCACCGGUUCAGGACAGCAAUCCAUCACUGCCGUUCCUGGAAAAGAUGAUACCAACUCUCUCUGGCUCGUGAUGGCACAGUUGGGAAACACUUGUGAACGCGGUGAAACGAUCCCCUGCGGGAGCACCGUCCGGUUGAAACACGUCAACACCAAAAAGUUCCUCCACUCUCACCACCACCACUCGCCCAUGUCCGGAGGUUUGGAAGUCUCCGCCUACGACGGACAGGACGAUGGCGACAACUGGGUGGUCGAAUGCACAAAUAAGAAGGACGAGUUCUGGACACGCGAGGCGGUGGUAAAGAUGAGACAUUUGGGGACAGGGACGUAUCUGAGCAGCUCUACGCGCCAUGUAUAUGGUAACCCUAUCCCUGGCCAUCAGGAGGUUGCGGCGCAUCAGGGAGAGUAUCAGCAGGCGGAGCAGACUUGGAGUGCGCAGGAGGGCGUUUAUUUUGCCGAAAAUGUCAAGGAGGAGCUGUAA